AUGGGUCACCAGCAGUUCUACUGGAGCCAUCUGAGGAAAGAUGGCCAGGGUUCUUGCCACAUCUGCUCAAACAAGCAAGGUCUGAUCCAGAAAUACGGCCUCAAUAUUUGUUGCCAGUGUUUCUGUCAAUAUGCGAAGGAUACAGGCUCCAUUAAGUUGGAUUAA